AUGCUUUCGUCUACCUUUGCCUCUUCGUCGGUGUUUGCCAGUUUCUCCACCUCACCUGCGACUGCGGCUAUUGCGAGCGGUUUAGCCGCCUACUGGCUAUUUCGAACUCGCGAAAUACCAACAACGCAAAAAAAGAAACCUCUUCCGGGACCGAAGCGCAAAGCUGUCAUAGGAAACGUACUCGACUUUCCGACACAGCGUUGGUACGAGGCUUUCACAGAAUGGCAAUCGCGUUAUGGCGAUGUAAUCUAUGUGGAGUUACUCGGGAUGCCUAUGUUGGUCGUCGAGUCGUUGGACGUCGCAGAAGAGUUGUUGAGCCGGCGUGCCAAUGUCUGGUCUGCGCGUGCGCAUUCGGUCAUGAUGAACGAGCUGAUGAAGUUCGACUGGAGUCUGCCCAUGUCUCAGCCGAAUGCAGAGUUCAACGAGCAGAGGAAGAUUCUCCGCAGGGUUAUUGGACCACAAGAGGUCACUUCAUUCGAUUAUCUGCUCGAGGAGCAAGCAGCUGGUCUCGUUGAAAGUCUUAGCGGUCACUCUGGUGAUCCGCAUGAUCAAAUCAUCAGGGCAGUCGGGAGAGUGAUCAUCAAGCUUGCAUAUGGGGAGCGCGUCUGUCAAGAACAUGGAGAUGAUCUCGCAAAGAUGAACGCUCAGAACUCGGAUAUGGUCGUCUACGUCCUCACUCAGCUUUGGUUUGUCAACCUGUUCCCAAUCUUAAAGCAUCUUCCGACUUGGACCCCAGGAGCCCUGUUUCAUCGCGUCGCAAAGAAGGGGAGAGCACUCAGUGAACAGAUCCGAUUCUGGGCGUUUGGCCUUGUGCAGGAGAAUAUGAAGAAAGGAACCGCGGACUCAUCUUUCAUUUCCCGGCAUCUUCACGAACCAGAAUUUGCAACGGAGCAGUUGAGAGACGCUGUAGCAAUGCUAUAUUCGGCUGGAACAGAUACGACUGCAACUGCCGUCCUCAACUUGGUCUGCGCGAUGCAGCGCCAUCCGUAUAUUCAAGAAAAGGUCUAUAAAGAGCUGAUGACCUUGACGGGUGGUGCAAAAGAGCGUGUUGUGAAAGCCACUGACUGCGAAGCAUCUCGAUAUCUCGACGCAGUCUGGAAAGAAUCCUUCCGUCUGAACCCGCCCGUGCCACUAGGGCUUCCACACGUGAGCUCUGAGGAAGAUUCAUUAGGCGAGUACACUAUCCCGAAAGGCACGAUGGUCCACGCGAAUAUUGGAUUUAUGCUUCGGGAUAAACGAAUAUGGGGUGCCGAUGCCGACGCGUUUAGGCCGGAAAGAUGGCUCGAGGAAGAGGCGGUCAAGCUACCAGAUGCCGGUACCUUGCCAUAUGGGUUUGGGAAGCGAAUCUGCCCUGGUCGCCAUCUUGCACAGAGAACAGGCAAGACAUUCUUCGCAGCGCUCGUUCUCAACUACAAAAUCACUGUUGUAGACGGAGAGGUUCUUCCAGAGAUGAUUGAAUACGAGGAUAUGGCAAUCAGACGGCCCUCGAACUUUCGUUGCGCAUUCAAGCCUCGACACUAG